AUGAAAGUCGUUCUGCUGCUUUCACUUCUCCUUGUUGUUGAUGUGUUCUCGCUCAACAAAACCUGGACUACCGACAAUUUUGACACCGGCGCUGAGGGAAACGAAACAAAGGAAGAAGCAAGGAAGAGCGUUGGUAUGAAAAAACACAAAGUAGUUCCACCGCUUGCACUUGGACUUGCGGCAGGCAUCGGUGGGAUCGUUGGUGGAUUCCUCGGAUACUAUGGUUGGAGGAUUGCAGGAUAA